ACUGUCAAGUUAGUGUUUACAUUUUCUUUGUUUGCCCUUGACGAAGCAACUAAGUCUAAUGUAGAUACAUUUUGAGCCACAUAGUUGCAGAAAUAAAUAAUAAUAACUAAUCACAAUCAUUUUUAGAUAUGUUAAUUUUUAUUUAUGUAGUGUUAUUUUCCAUUAAUUUAAUGUUUAGUGCCUUAGGAAAACAAAAUAUACUAGUCAUCAUCUCAGAUGACCUUAGGCCCUCACUUGGUUGCUAUGGAGACAAAAACGCUUUCACUCCUAAUAUUGAUGCGUUGUGUGAAGAGUCUGUAAGAUUUUCGAAUGCUUUUGCACAGCAAGCUUUGUGUGCUCCGAGCCGGAAUUCUUUUUUAACAAGUCGAAGACCAGAUACUCUUAAUUUGUACGACUUCUACAGCUACUGGAGAGACAUAGCUGGCAACUUCACAACAUUGCCCCAGUACUUCAAGGAACAAGGUUAUUUCACAAAGUCUGUGGGGAAAGUGUUUCAUCCAGGUAUCUCCAGUAAUUUCAGCGAUGACCAACCCUACAGUUGGUCUUGCGAUCCGUACCAUCCGCCCACUGAGGUGUAUAAGGAUGCAGCUGUGUGUCCGAGGACAGGUUCGCUAUGCAGUGACCUCGUGUGCCCCGUGGAUCCGGCAUUACAGCCCGGCGGAACUCUGCCAGAUCUUCAGAGCCUACAUGAGGCCCAAGUGUUCCUACGAAGCCGUAGAGCCAAUCAACAACCAUUCUUUAUGGCUGUUGGUUUUCACAAACCUCAUGUGCCGCUGAAAUACCCGUCAGAGUUUCUGAGAUAUCACCCUCUGAGAAACGUCAGUCUGCCCCCAGACUCCUGGCCUGGUCAGUUGCCUUCUGUGGCUUGGAAUCCUUGGACGGACAUUAGAAAAAGAGAUGACAUUGCCUCACUCAAUAUAUCUUUUCCGUAUGGUCGAAUGCCAGAUGAAUGGACACAUCUGAUUCGGCAGAGCUAUUACGCUGCAGUGAGCUACAUCGACCAUUUGGUUGGGAACCUUUUAAAAGAGCUACACAAGUCAAAACUUUAUGAAAACACUAUCAUAGUUCUGAUAGGAGAUCAUGGAUGGUCACUGGGAGAGCAUGGCGAGUGGUCCAAGUUCAGCAAUUUUGACGUUGCAGUCAAAGUUCCGCUGAUUCUGCGGGUGCCUGGACUGACAGAUAAGUCAGCAGUUCUCAGAUGUGUUGCAACUCCUGUGGAGCUGCUAGACUUGUUCCCCACUCUAGUUGAUGCUGCCGGCUUGCCUUCACUCUCACCCUGUCCUAAAGAGUCAACAUCAGUUCCCGACUGUACUGAAGGCGUCAGUUUGAUGCCCUACAUAUUUUCUGCGAUCAAGAAAAAUAAGACAUAUGAAGAGACUGGAAGACUAGCUUUAAGCCAGUAUCCGAGACCUGGUAUAUACCCGACUUUACACCCUAACAGUGACAAGCCCAGACUCAGAGAAAUCAAGUAUAUGGGAUAUUCAGUGCGUAGUGGACAAUACCGGUACACAGAAUGGCCUAGGUGGCAGCCAGGGGGGCCGAUUUGGGACGAUACAGCAGGCGCUGAGCUAUACGACCACAGCAUUGAUGACAGAGAGGACAUAAACUUAGCAGACCGUCCAGCGUUUAGUAGAAUCAGGAAAAAGUUGAGUUACGAACUUAGAAGAAUGGUUGACAAACGAUAGAUAUGGAGUUACGCCUUGAAACAGCAUUUAAAGAUGGCGAGUAUUUGGUCUAAUUGCAAAAGAAAGGUAUUGUGUGUUAUGACAAAAUAGAAGAUCACUCUGAGGAAAAUGGAUUAGUUUUAAACAGAUAAUGAUGAUUAUUGUAUUUAGUUUUGUUUUUGUAAAAUUUUAUAAAAUGGUUAUCAAUAUAUAUCCGA